UCAGCAGUCACGAGGACACAUCACAAACAUCUUCUAAGAUCAUUGCAGAUCAAGUCAUUACUACUCCAACCAGAAGUCCCAGUCUUUUUGAUCCUCCUUCCAAACCGCUUGCACAUCUGACAGGUGGAGAUGAUGUACAACAUGGAAAUGAAAUCAUGGCAUGGAGUAAGAUUGCAGAUCCUCCCCUGUAUGAAAUGAAGUACGAAAACAAAAGUCUUAUCAUUCAGAAGGAGGGCUAUUACUAUAUCUAUUCCAAAGUGUCCUUCUCUCACACUGGGCUUUUUUAUCACUCUAUUAAUCGAGACACUCAACGAUACCCUGGAAAAAGUAUUCCCCUCCUGAUGUCCAGGACCUUAGAGAGGUCAAGCAAAAUGCAAUCCAACAGUUACCUGGGCGGAGUGUUUCAUCUCACAAAAGAUGAUGCCCUCUUUGUGAAAGUGAGCAAAACCGCAAACAUUGUGAAACACAAAUCCUUUGAGAACGUCUUCGGCGCUUAUAUGCUAUAAAUAUCACAUUGAUAUUUCCCCAUGAAUGCGAAAGUUUGGAAUAACAGUAAAUAAAAGUUGAAAUGAAGGUUAGAGAAUCUUACGGAUUCUUUUCGUAGAGAAAGAGAAGGUCCUUAACUAGAAAUACAGGCAGGUGUGAAAACCUCAUGGCUCUUGAGAGGUGAAACUCUUUAAUUAGUAUGUUUUCACUUUGUAACAAAGCUUUUCUUCUCAGGGAAUUUUUUUAUAUGCUCAUGCUUGUAUUUUUUAAACAUUUAUAUUUUCUAUAACUGUGAUAAAUUGUUCAGUCUUCCUGAUCUUCAUAUUGUCUCUCUGUAUAAACGUAUAUGUCAUGCUGCGCUCACAUGAGAUCCGGCAGAAGGUAGGCGGCACACUGACAAUAUUUUCUGGAUGGCACAGAAGUAACAAACAGUCUGACAGAAUAGCAGCACGGUAAAGUAAAACAUACAUGAUGAUGUGUUGCAAUAAAAAUAUCAGGUUGUUUAGAAAGGAUAAA